CAAGUAACUUACUUGUUAAAAACACCAAACACCUCCAAUAAUGGCUACUCCAAUGACAGGUAUAGUGGAAGUGAUGGAAGAGCUUGAGAGGAACGUCAGAUCAGCAAAUCCUACAGUAAACCUUCAGCUUGUUGUUCAUGCUUGCCGCCUCGGAGCUCAGUUUGUAACCUCCCUUGAGGGUGCAUUCAAGUUUGCUGCCGUUGAAGUCGAAAAUAAGGCCAAUGAUAUGGAAGAAGCUUACCAGAUAUACAACACGGUGGAGGUUAUGUUAGAUUAUGAAAUUACAAAUGAUCUCGCAAGAGAAAACAGCAGCCAUUCAAGAUUCCAUCUCAGGAUGAAGCGCACAUCAGAUCUACUAAGGGUCUUUUUCCAAGAAAUCCUUGCAAGAGAGGGAGAUUCUCUUGUUCCUCCACUUAAGAAAGCUUAUGAUGAGGUUUUUUGGUCAUACCAUGGGGAAAGCAUUAAGAUGGCUGUCUAUGUUGCCAUGGAAUUUAUGAUGGACAAAACUGACUUCUUAACAUUGAUUCAUGAUGAUGAUGAGGCAGCGAGAGAGCUGAUGAAAAGAUACAUUUCAGCAUCAUCCAAUACAUUGAGCAGUUGUAUCGCUCUACCAAAGUUGGUGAAGGACCAACUCAAUGAUGUUGGUGAUUUAAAGUCAAAUUGUAAUAAUAUGCUUUGA